UUGUUGCGGAAGUGACAACAUUUCGGAAAACGACAGAUGACAGCGAAAUAGCUAUCGUAAAUGAAAUUGUUGUCUACAAAUAAACUGUACAAUAAAGACGUCGACGAAAAGGCUGCCGGUCCUAAUGUGGAGGCGGAGCAGAACUUGCGUUGAGCACCUACCUGUGUUGCCAUGGGUUCACCCCCCUUGUUCCUGCUCCUCCUGGGCCUGACCCCUAUGCUCUGUCUGACUGUUCAUACCCUCCAUACGUCCGCCCCUCCUGCGGCUCCUCCACCCUCCUGUGGGCCGGGCCAGUCCUGGGCCGUCCGGUUGCACACAGACUCAGAGCUCCUGGAGGCUGACGGCUCCACCCUGCACGAGCUGGCCAGCAUGGUGGCUGAGCAGGCUGGCCUGGAGAACAGGGGCCAGAUAGGGCAGCUGGAGGGCCACUACCUGCUCUGUGCCGGCCCUGAGGAGGAGGGCAGAGCGGGGGACGUGCUGGCAGCCCACCCUCAUGUGCUCUGGCACUCCCAAGAGCAGGUCCUCAGCCGCUCCAAGAGGGCAAUGGCCUUCAACGACCCCAGAUACCCCUUACAGUGGCACCUGCACAACGAUGUCAGGGAGGGCAUGGACAUCAAUGUGACUGGUGUAUGGGAGCACAACAUCACAGGGACAGGGGUGACAGUGGUGGUCGUGGAUGAUGGGGUUCAACACACCCUCCAGGAUAUUCAGCCAAACUAUAGUCCAGAGGGCAGUUAUGACUUGAACUCCAACGACCCGGACCCCAUGCCCCACCCGGACGCCCUCAGUGACAACCACCACGGCACGCGCUGCGCCGGGGAGAUCGCCGCCGUCUCCAACAACAGCUUCUGUGCUGUGGGCGUGGCCUACGGCAGUAAAGUGGCAGGUAUCAGAGUCCUGGAUGGGCCGCUCACAGACAGUAUGGAGGCGGUGGCUUUCAACAAGCACUACCAGAUCAACGACGUCUACAGCUGCAGUUGGGGUCCUGAUGAUGAUGGCCGCACUGUUGAUGGACCACACCCCUUGGGCAAGGCGGCGCUGCAGCACGGCGUGAUUGCUGGGAGAAGGGGCUUCGGCAGUAUCUUUGUCGUCGCCAGUGGCAACGGAGGCCAGUACGAGGACAACUGCAACUACGAUGGCUAUGCCAACUCAAUCUACACUGUUACCAUUGGAGCAGUAAAUGAGGAAGGGAAGAUGCCCUUCUAUGCUGAGGAGUGUGCCUCCAUGUUGGCUGUCACCUUCAGUAGUGGGGGCAGAACGCUACGCAGUAUUGUGACGUCAGACUGGUCACUGCAGCAGGGCACGGGCUGUACUGACGGGCACACGGGCACCUCGGCGGCGGCACCCCUGGCAGCUGGCAUGGUGGCUCUGAUGCUGCAGGUCCGGCCCUGUCUCACCUGGAGAGACGUGCAGCACAUCAUCACCUACACAGCCACACAGUAUGAUGUGCAAGGAGAUUGGAAAAUCAAUGGAGCGGGCUUCCACCACAGUCACCAGCACGGCUUCGGCCUGCUCAACGCCUGGCGGCUGGUCAACGCUGCCAAGGUGUGGGAGAUGGUGCCGUUCCUAGUGUCCUAUCAGAGCCCAGUGCUGAAGGAGGAGGAGCUUAUUCCAGCCUAUCCGGAUCAACUCAACCUAACCUGGAACGUCACUGCAGCGGACCUCAGGCAGUCCGGGAUGCAGUCCUUGGAGCACGUGUCUGUCACCUUGACGAUGGUCCAUUCUCGCCGUGGCAACGUGGAGAUUGUACUACUCUGCCCCAGUGGCAUGACCUCACUCAUCGGGGCGCGCCGUACUCUGGACAUGGAUACCUCUGGUUACUCAGACUGGACGUUCUCCACUGUGCGCUGCUGGGGGGAGAGAGCCGAGGGCCAGUACAGGCUGCAAGUCUCUGACCACAAAGACCCUGGGUUGACCCUGGGCUCUCUGAAGCACUGGAAGCUCACUCUGUACGGCUCCUCUCUGUCCUUCGAAGAGGUCAAGGAGAGACAGAGUGUAGUGGAGGAGGCUAGGGGGCAGUAUCUGGACAGCAGUUUCUCCCUGCCCUGUCCUGCAGGCAUGGACAUCCCCUCUGAGACGGUCAGCCCGUUCACCUCCAAGAGCCUCAAGUCUCUGCUACUGCUGGGCUGCUUUGCUCUCUUCUGGUCCUUGUACUACACCCUGGAGGUGACCCUGGCCAACCUGGACUUUAGGGGACUGUGUCGGCGGGGCAGGGGGACGCGGGGCUCCCGCGGGGGCCGGGGGAGAGGCACUGGAACUCUGGGGGACAGCUCUGAGCUGGAGAUGCAGAGUGUGUUGGACUCAGAGUACAAGGUACCCUUCAUCACUGGAGACACUGCCACAUAACACUGGAGAAAACCUCUGUCCUUUCUCCUUACGACAUCCCACCCGCUGCUCAACAGUCUGGGCCUGGCACCAGUGGGGCCAACUGAACUGAACUGGAGACUGAACUAUGUGGGCUGGAACUGUGUGCUCACUGGCCAACCCAUUGCUCCCCAAGCCUGUGGCCUUUUAUCAGUGUUGCAGUGCCCCAUGUGUGUGUGAAUAAGUGUACUGCGGUGGAGCAACCUAAACCCCCUGGAUCUCUCAGGACCCUCCGGUCUCACCUAGCAGUGCUAUAGAGGUGGUAGUUUGACUUGGUCUUUGGUUUGGAGUAUAUAUCACUAGUUUGGUUCAGUCCCAUACCUGGGUCUUUUAGUGUGGGACUAGGUGUGCCGGACAACCAGACAGAGCAUCACUCCCGGGGGUUUUCCUGGACAACCAGACAGCAUCACUCCCAGGGCGGUUUCCUGGACAACCAGAAAGAGCAUCACUCCCGGGCUGGUUUCCUGGACAACAAUUAAGGCUAAUCUUGGUCAGGAUUAGGUUUAGUCUGGGUUUAUGGCAAACUUCUAAAGUUUAUUAGGUGUGUACCAUGGGAAGGCAUUACAAUGCUGUGUGUGUGUGAAUGUGUUUUAAAAUGUAAAUGGUGUUUGGUUUUGAGGAUGUGUGUGAGUGCUCUUGAUUAUGGUUACUUUAAGUUAUUUUUUUUAAUUAAAGGUGUUACUCAUAGGAUUUUAUAAAAAUGUUGCAUUGUAAUUUCAGAAAAUGUCCAUAAUACACUGUGUACAAAACAAACACCUUCCUAUUAUUGAGUUGGACCCUCCCUUUUGCCCUCAGAACAGUGUUGAUGCCAAUUAUUCCCACAGUUGUCAAGUUGACUGGAUGUCCUUUGGGUUGUAGAACAAGUUGCUUUCAGUUUUGAUCCACCAGCAUCAAACAGCUGUAAAAUAAUGUAUUUUUUGCAACGAUUGAGAUGGUACAAUGGUUCCCAACACUAUUCAAUGCUUGUUUUUGCAUAUAAAUUGAGCGAACAGUGUAGAAUUUGAGCAGCUAGGAAAUAAGCAAUUUCCACUAGAUAAGUCAGAACAGCUUUCCUAUUUUAACAGAUGCCGUUCUGGUGGGAGAUUACAGGUAAGAUAAUAUUGUGAAACACUAUUAGCGACAGAUAUUUUAUGGACAUUUUCUGAAAUUACAAUACAAAAAAUAAAUCCUAUGUGUAGAAACUUUAAAGCUACAAUAUGUAACUAUUUGGGUGACCUGACCAAAUUCACAUAGAAAUGUGAGAUAUUUCAUUCCUAUUGAAAGCAGUAGAUCUGUUCUAUGUGUGCUAUUUCUAUGCUUCCCAUUCUGAAGUUUUGUUUUUGCUUCUUUUGGUUUUGGACACCAACUUCAAACAGCUGAAUAUACAAUAUUUUUGGUUAUGGAAAAUAUAUUUCACAACGACUUAGAUGGUACAAUGAUUCUCUACACAAUGGUGGUUUUGUCAAACUGAAAUUAGGGGAACUAUUCUAAUUUGAGCAAACAGGAAAUGGUGGAGCGAUUUCUGCAUAGUGCACCUUUUAACUUAAUUAUUUUGUAAACAGACCUCCCGUUUGGGCGUGGUGGUUUUGGAAUGUUAUUUUGUGCAGACUAUAUACAUUUUUCUGGUACUUGAGCUUGAGUUGGGGGUUGAAUGUGUUAAUUUUUUUUUGUAUCAACUGUAAUAUGUUACAAUCAACAAUAUUUUGGAGUUUGAUUUUUUUUUAAUGAACUGAAACAAAGAUUAUAUUUGUGUUUACUGGACUAAACUGGAAGCCUGUUCCGGUCACAGCUUGACUGAGUAAAAUGAAUUGGAGUUUCAGGCUGGAUCAUUCCCAUCAUUUCCCUUCCAAUCAUACUAGAGGAAUUUAGGACGAAGUCAGUGCUAUCGCCGGCGUGUUUUGGACUUCUGACCCCUUUUUUAAACAUUGUCUGACCUACAACAGCUGGGUUGUUGCAUUAGUCUGUGUGAUUAACAGGGGUUGAGGUAGAGUGGUGUUUGAGACGAGGGCGGAUCCUGAAAAAUUGUUAUUCUCACAAAAAAACGUGUGAGCGACAAUCUAUUAAAAGCUGACCCUAGUCGUUAGAAGGCAAGAGGUUCUUCUACAUAGAUCAUUGGAAAUCCCAGGACAUAGUCUUAUACUGUAACAAACUCUAAACUUGUCACUGACUAAUUGGAUAUUCAUUUCCCACUGAGCAAACAAUCUGUACUUACAGCAUUCUUAUUAAUUUAUGCAUUUUUUGCUUAACGAUCCUUAUUUGUGCGUUGACAUUUGUCAAUAAAACUCAUGGAUGCAA